AAAAAGACCGGCGCCUGGACGGCUUUCAGGGGAGAGCUGGAAGAAAGACUCGUGAACAGCUGAGUGCGGGCGUCGGCACCGUCUGCGCAGUGCGUUCCACCGGGUCCGCAUCCCUCACGAUUCCGCCCCACCCCGCCCUUGGAACCCGCUGCCUCAACUCCCGCGGUGGGACUCCGGAGCAGCGUACACCGUGCUCGCCUUAGUCCUUCCGAAAGGCCAGGGCAGCUGUGCGGCCUGGCGCGGGUUACUUGGUGCGGUGCAAAAAGCCAGAAGGAGACACAUUUGGUCCUGGCCACCCCGGAGUCACCCAAACCAAAAGAUAUCCGUUACAGCACUGAUGUGAGUGUAGAUGAAGUAAAAACUUUGGCUUCUCUGAUCACAUACAAGUGUGCAGUGAUUGAUGUGCCAUUUGGGGGUGCUAAAGCUGGUGUUAAGAUCAAUCCCAAGAACUAUACCUGUUUGUAUCGGGACAAUUCUAGCCUCAUGGAAUGAGUUGAGGAGUAUUCCUUCCUCUUCUGUUUUUGGAAAAGCUUUUGAAAGGUCAAUGUUCAUUCUCUUGUGUGAGUGUCCUGGCAUUGAUGUGCCUGCCCCAGACAUGAGCACAGGUGAGCGGGAGAUGUCCUGGAUCGCCGAUACCUAUGCCAGCACCAUAGGGCACUAUGAUAUUAAUGCACAUGCCUGUGUUACUGGUAAACCCAUCAGCCAAGGGGGUAUCCAUGGACGCAUCUCUGCUACUGGCCACAAAGUACGUUGGGUUGAAGUCCUGUGCUUCUGCUGUGAGUAG